AUGUCAUCUAGUAUUCAUGUGGAAAUUCCAAUCGAGGAUAAAACUGAAAUUUUGGAAAUUGCCUGCUCACCUAAUUUGGAACAUGUCGUUGCAUUGGACGAAAAUAGGAAUAUUAGUCUUUGGUCUAUCAUUAGUAAAAACUUGACAAAAAUAAAUACGAUUCAUAUUGACAAAUUUUAUUCUUAUAAUGAAGGAGGUGGAAGAAUGCUGGCUGUUUCAGAUAAUAAAUAUGCUUCAAUUUGUCUUUACAGAGAGGAUCCUUAUAAUUUCGAAAUUUUCGAUCUUGAAACCGGAAAGGAGGUUUUAUUAACCUUUCCAGAUUGGCAAAAGGAAAUUAACUACUUAUCCUUUAUCAAUAAUGGAAAUCUUAUAAUGGUCAAUACUAUGUAUUAUAGAGCAUAUGUUUUUACAUGUAAAGGAAAAAAAGAUAAAGUUAGUUGGGUUUGUAAAUCAAUGAUUGAGUUGAAAUAUUUUAAAAAAAUAUAUAUUACUCCUAAAGGCAAAUUGAACUUAUUUAAUGACACGAUUUAUGAGAUCAUGAUGUGCGACAUUGAAAAAUUAUUGAUUAAAACUCAUAUUUUACUAGAUUGGAAUUAUACGCCUAAGCAUAUUGAAAUAAGUGAUGAUGAAGAAUUAUUAUUAGUAAGUGCAAGAAAUGAGGAAGCUAAUGAAUCACGUUUAUACACUUUUUUCACCGAAACUGGGAUUAACCUGGCAUUCAAUAAAUUUCACUUAAUCGCUUCUAGUAAAGGAGAAAGAUUAUUAUUUAUUAAUUUUUCAAGCCGGCAAUAUUAUUUAAAGGAUCCUUAUAACCUCGGGGAUAAUUUUAUGACAGAUGCAUAUGAUCCCUUUGAAAAUAAACCAAUUCAAACAUCAGAUAUAAUACCAACUCAAAAACCAUAUAUAAUUAAAUCAGAUAAAAUAAUUUAUACGGUUGACGGAAAAGUGAUAAUUGAAGAAUUGUUGCCUGAUGAUUGGAUCAAAUACUUACGAUUAAAUCUGAAAGACACAAAAAAUAUUACAAUUUUAGCUACAAAGACAAUUGAUACUAUUAAUGAAAUUCUAACUAAUGAUUAUAAUGAUGUCGGAAAAGUAAUUGAAGGGAGAUUUUUAAGAUGGGGAAUUGAAUUAAAAGAAAAAUCAGUGAGACUUUCAGUAAUUGAUUUUGAUUUUCGUAGGAAGGAAUGGAAUCCAGAUAAUAAAAAAAUAUAUUUGGACAUACUUCCAACAAUUUAUAAUGAUGGAAAAAAUUUUAUAUUAAAUUGUGGAAUUCUUGAAAAUGAUGAUUUCGUUACGAUUACGCGUAUUGGUGUAAUUAUCUGGACUUUUAAAUAUUCUGAAAUUAAUAAAUCUUCGGAAAUUAUGAUGCAUUAUUAUUGGAACUAUUGGAAUGACCGUUUAAAGUAUUUUGAGUUUGAAAAAACAAUGUUUAAAAAUCUCUUUGAAAACUGGACUUCAAAACGAUUUCUUCCUGCUUCAAGUUAUGAAUCAUUUUUGAAAGCCAAUAUUACUGAAGAGUUUUAUUUAACUUGCUACGGAAAAUAUCUUAUGGAUAUGUUUAUUAAAUUAAAGGAUGAUAAAUGGAUUACACGUUUAGAAUUAUCAGAAAAUCAUCCUGCAUUUAUAGCAAGUGCUUUAUCUUCUAUAGGAUUUGUAGCUGCUAGUACUAUCAUAAAUCCGAGCUCUACUUCUCUACACCUUUCCAGUUAUGGAAAACACUAUGAUUUAUCUAAAACAUCGUCUCUUAAUAUAUUAGUUUCUAAUCUUUGGGUUCGUUGGAUUAGUUUUCAGAUCAGUUUUCAAUAUAGAUUACAAUAUUUUCAAGAAAUAUAUACUCUUUUUCAAAAUUUAAUUUUAUACCCUUUUCAAGCUUUAAUUGUAAAACCGGGCCAUGAAGACUCUUCACUUACUGAAUCACAUACCACGACUACAAAUAUGUUUAUGAUGAUGGACUCUGCAAUUUCGGCUGUUUAUCUCAUGCUUACAGGUUAUAGAAAUCCUUAUAUUUCAGGGGCUCUUAGUGAAGUUCUUCGACUCCCUGAAGAACAGCCAUCUCUUAGACAAAUUGAGGGAAAGGUUGAGAGAAUAAUUGAAGAUCUGCCCACUCAGGUUGAGAAGAUAAUUGAGAGGAAAUUUAAAGAUCUGACCAUUCUUAACGACCUUAAGGAUUUAAAAGAAUCAAUUGAAGAACUUAAAACUAAUAAAUAA